UCUUGGUGCUGCUCCUCAGGGGCCCGCUGGCACUGGAAAAACGGAGUCUGUAAAAGACCUGGGUAAGGCACUUGCAAGACAAGUGGUUGUGUUUAAUUGUUCCGAUGGCAUCAAUUAUAAAACCAUGUCUCGAAUGUUUGCUGGGUUGGCUCAGGCAGGUGCAUGGGCGUGCUUUGAUGAAUUCAACCGUAUCGAAUUAGAAGUGCUUUCUGUUGUGGCACAGCAGAUGCUUGAUAUCACUACCGCCCUUGCACAAAAUCUGGAGCGCAUGGACUUCGAUGGGCACUCAAUUAAACUGAGUAGAAAUUUUGGUGUUUUUAUCACUAUGAAUCCUGGUUACGCCGGUCGUACUGAAUUACCAGACAACCUAAAGGCAUUGUUCCGUCCGAUAUGUAUGAUGAUUCCUGACUAUGCCCUUAUUGCGGAAAUCAUGUUUUACUCGGAAGGUUUUGCCGAUGCAAGAACAUUGGCUCGAAAGAUGGUACAACUCUACAAGUUGAGUUCUGAGCAAUUAUCAAAGCAGGACCACUACGAUUUUGGUAUGCGUGCGGUAAAGUCAAUUCUUGUCUUGGCCGGCGGUCUAAAGCGACAGUAUCCUAACGAAAGUGAAAAUAUGUUGUUGAUUCGGGCCAUGCGUGACGCCAAUGUACCGAAGUUCCUUCGUGAAGAUACUGUUCUUUUCAUGGCACUUAUCAAAGAUCUUUUUCCUACUAUCGCGAUUGAAGAAUCGCAAAACGAUUUGCUUCUUCGUUAUGUGAAGGAGCAAAUGGAAAAAGAGGGUCUACAGGUUAUAGAUGGUUUGGUAACAAAGGCGGUGCAGCUUUACGAUACACUUGUAGUCCGUCACGGUGUGAUGCUUGUUGGUCAAACAUACAGCGGAAAAACGACUGUUUUGCGCAUUGUUCAAGGUGCUUUGACCCAGUUGAAGCUGGAUGGUCACGAUCCAGAAGGUGCUACACCUCUAUUUAACCGUGUACAUAUUCAUUUACUUAAUCCCAAAUCCGUCACAAUGGGUGAGUUGUAUGGGCAGGUCAAUGAAAUUACACGUGAGUGGACGGAUGGUAUCAUUAGUAAUAUCGCACGAGGUGUUACGCGUGAUGCGCAGCACUCCGCCGAUCGUCAAUGGAUCGUUUUUGAUGGUCCUGUGGAUGCAAUCUGGAUUGAAAACAUGAACACUGUCCUUGAUGAUAACAAACUACUUUGUUUGUUUAAUGGUGAGCGUAUUAAACUCCCACCGACGGCGACAUUUAUGUUUGAAGUUCAAGAUUUGGCAGUUGCCUCUCCCGCCACUGUCUCUCGUUGUGGUAUGGUUUUUUUGGAACCGUAUUACAUGGAUGGUGGGCGUGGUUGGAUUCCAAUUGCGAAAACCUUGAUAGCACAAAAGGCUGCAUUGUUUCCAAAGUUUCGCGCAGAACGCAUGACAGAGCUGCUCAAUCAAUUUCUUCCCAUGUCGCUUGAUUUUAUACGGAAGGAAUGCCGUGAGUGGAUUGUAUCUGUGGAUGCCCAGUUGGCUGUUUCAUGCAUAGAAUUACUCACCUCUUUUAUACGAACGCUGGAUGAUGAGAGUCUAUUACCAAAUGUUUUGCGAUCAAAAGACGCCCAAAUGAAACCGGAUGAAGACGAUGAUUUAUUACCGAAACAAGUGGAAAAAAAAGUGUCCCAUGCUGCACCUCCCGUAGGUGAACCGGAUGAAUUUCGCCCUCCUACCAUUACAGAUGAGACUGUACCGACCAAUGAAGAUGCAUUGUUUGAUAUGUAUUUUUUAAUGUCGUUUGUGUGGUCUGUCGGUGGUAAUCUCUCGGAAGAGUCACGUGAGGUUUUUAAUCGUUUUGUGAAAAAACGGUUUGUGGAAUUGUUGCCGGAUAAAAUGUCUAUGGACGAUCACCUCAGUGUCUACGAUUACGUGGUGCACAAGCCAUCCAUGAGGUUUGUUACAUGGCGCCAUUUGGUACCAAGCUUCUUUUUUAGGUUUGAUGUGCCUUACUUUGAACUAAUCGUCCCCACAGUGGAGACUGUUAGUGUAACAACAUUGCUUGGUGUUCUCGUGGCGAGCUCGCGGCAUGUUCUAAUAAAUGGUGUAACGGGCACCGGAAAAUCAUUGUCCAUGAUGAAUUUUGUAACAAGUGUAUUGCAUGGCGACGAUCCAUCAAGCCACUGGGAUUACUUUGCGACCGUUCUGAGUGCACAGAGUCGUGCUCGUGACAUUGAAGACCGGCUCGAAGGGAAGUUGCACAAGACACGGAGCAAUGCGCUUGGUCCAUCGCCUGGAAAAAGAGUCGUUUUUAUGAUUGAUGAUCUUAAUAUGCCGGCUCUUGAAAAAUAUGGAGCAUCACCUCCGUUGGAGUUGUUACGUCAGCUUAUCACACAAGGUGGGUUCUAUGACAAACGCAAAGCCCCUGCCUCAUUUAAGGAGAUUCAUGAUAUUGUUUACCUUGCCGCGUGUGGUGUGCCUGGUGGAGGUAGGAAUGAGAUGACAAAGCGAUUGGUUUCAAGAUUUCAUUUGUUAUGCCAGCCAGUAUUUAGUGAAUACUCAAUUCGUCGCAUCUUUGGUUGCAUUUUACAUGGCUUUUUUUCAGCAUGGGAAGAACCAGAUGUCAAAAACUUGUCAGGAGAUUUGGUCAACGCCAUUAAUCAAUGCUACAAUCGUAUCAGUCGGGAGAAACUUCCCACACCGAAGCGGUCACAUUACACCUUCAACUUGCGUGAUUUCAGCAAGGUUGUCCAGGGAAUUAUGCAGGUAUCACCGCAUAGUGCACCCACACGUGAGAUUGUGCUUCGCGCCUUUGUUCAUGAGGUCAGUCGCGUCUUUCAUGAUCGCCUUAUCGAUGAAAAUGACCGUCAGUGGUGGUGGGGAGCGCUGGGCGAGGUGACGAGUAAUGUGCUCCAAAUGCCAUGGGACCCAGAGUUCGAAAAUGUUCUCUUUGGAGAUUACAUGCGGCGGGAUCGCGCCAUGUAUGAGGAAAUUGUCAUUGGGGAUUCCCUUCAAGAGACACUUGGAGAGUACCAGAAAAAUUACGCGAUUGAUUGCAACAAAACAAUAGAGUUGGUGUUUUUUAAGGAUGCCAUCCAUCAUAUUACACGUAUGU